AUGAUAACAGAUGAACCAACUGUUGAAAUAACAAAAGAAGUGUUGUAAGGAUUGAAGAUUUAGAAAGUGUACAAAGACUUUCUGAAAGAAAUCAAUUCAAUAGAUUUUUCAUAGAAUGGAUAAUAUUUGGUUGCUUGUGAUGAUCAAGUUGUAAAUGUUUUUGACAUUGCCAAUAUGAAAAAGAUCAGGACAAUGUACAAUAACACUUAGGAGAUUGAAAUGGUGAAAUUUACAAAGGAUUAGAGUCAUAUUAUUUGUGUGACAAAAAAUGAGCCAUAUGAGAUCUGGCAUUGGGCCUUUGAGGAGAAUCAAAUAUUGAAGAAGUUUUCUGGACACACAAAAAUAAUUUAUUAACUAGAAAUUUAUAAUCAAAUAAUUCUAAGUUGCAGUUUUGAUGACACUUUACGAUUAUGGGAGUUGAAUCAACAGUAAGACACCUGUUAUGCAGUGUUGGACAUGAGUUCUAAACCUGAUAAUAGAGUAAUAGGGGCUUUUGAUUACAGUGGGAAUUCUUUUGGUAUGGCUUUUGUAGAGAAGGAGAAUGGGCAAUCUACAAAUUGUGUCUAGUUAUAUUAAAUUAGAAAGUUUGAAUUAGGACCUUAUCAAGUCAAGAAGGUAUCUGGAACAACGAUAACUCAAUUAAAGUUUAGUAGUGACAAUCAGUUUUUAUUGUGUGUUUGUUCGGAUGGUCAAAUAUUAAUUUUAGAUAGUUAUUUAUUAAAUACAUUAUUUGACAUUCCAGGGAAUGCUGACAGGAUGAAUGUCAAUGUUUGUUUCACUCCAGAUUCCAAAUUCUUGAUUACUGGUAGCAAUAGUGGAUACUUGUAUAUGAUAUCAAUAUAGAAUGUGAACAAAACUCAAACUCAAAGCGGCUAGUUGAUUGCCAAAGUGGAGGGACAUCAAAGGAAAUGCAGACUCGUUUUGUUCAAUCCAAAAUAUUGUUGUUUGAUUAGUACUUGUAGAAAUCUUGUUGUUUGGACUCCAAAUCAAAUAUUGUGA